AUGCAGAAUUUGCCAUUAAAAAAGUGUUAUAGGAUGCAAACAUCAAAGCUUAAAAUACAUAUUCACUAUUUGAGUCACCAUAGGAAAGAUUGUCCAGAUUGCAAAUUAAGUGAUGAAUAUACAUUGUUUAAGCUUAAAAAAGAAGAUUAAAGUGGGGAAUCUUAAUAAUUAAUUGAUGAAAAAAUAGAGAAGUUAGGCAAUUAAGCACAAAAAUUAGUAGAUAAUUUAAGAAGAAUGAAAUUAGAAUUAGAAUAUGAAUCCUUUGCUAAAACAGGUAAACAGUUGUUUUAAGAACAUGCUGUCUUACUUAAAGAUAAAGAGUUGUUUGUUGAUGCCAAUAAGUUAUAAAUGAAUGAUAUUGAUAUCUAUUUCAAAAUUCCUGUUGAUUAAAGAAGAUUAACAUAAGCAGGAUAAGUUAAUGAUGACAUCAUUCAUAAUCUUAUCAAAGUAUAAAACUUAAAAUCUCAUGUAGCCAGAUUAAAUCAUGAUGAUUUAGAGAACAGAGUAGGUGAUUCUUCUUUGAAAGACGAAACCGCUGAGAUUUUGAAGAAAAAAAUAUUGGCUUAAUAUAAGUUAUUGUAUUUGGCUAAGAAGUAAUAAUUAAAAGGAAUGACUGAAGAAGAUAAAUUUAAAGAAUCAUAAGAAGAAGAAAUCUCUCUUGAUGAUGAAGCAUUUAGUGAAAAUAUUGCUGAUAAUUUAGACGAAUUGCGAAGGAAAUAAAGAGAAGCAAGACUUGAAUUUGAGAAAGAAAAAGCCCUUGAAGCUAAAUAGAAAGAAGAUGAAUUAAAAAGUUAAUAAGCAAUUAAGGGAUAAAAAGGAUCAAAGAAGAAAAAGGCAAAAAAAUGAUCUGUUUUAAGAGUGCUAAAAUUAUAUUAUUUAUUUAU